AAUUAUUGAAUAGAACUAAAAAAUAGAUAAAAUUUGACACUAGAGGUGUACGUGUCGUCUUUUUCAGUUUAUUAGAAGCAGCCAUUUUGCGGUGAUUUGGAAAAGGUGUCAAGAUGUCUACCGAUUUGCAAUGGAUGGUUAUUCGUAAUUGUUCGAGUUUUCUGGUGAAGAAAAGAAAUAUAAGAAAAUAUUUCAGCACAGAUCCUCUAAACUUGAAAAAUAUUCAUUCUCCUCGCUACAGCGGCAUGAUUCACAGGAAGGCCAUAGCAAUCGAACCCCAUACGAGCGGCAAGGGAAUCAAUCUUCUGUACAAGAAGAGAAAAUUUCAAAACAAACCAGUAAGAAAUUUAGCUAAAAUUCCACUGACAAAAGGAGCCAGGAGAAGUAUGACUAGUAUCAAAAAGUUUGUCAAGUCCAAUCGUUAUAGGCGUGACUUGAAAAUGGCAACACUGCGUCGAGCAAGCGCCAUUUUGAGAAGUCAGCGUCCGAUUGUUCCCAAGAGAAACUUUCACAAAAAACCAGAAUAAUGUGUUUAGAAAGAGAGUCAAUAAAGUGAUUUCUUGUGUUUA